CAUUUUUGUGCCGCAUCAUCGUCGAGACGCAGCGCUGCGUAGACAGUAAAUUAAUAUUUGUUUGCAUUUAAUUUGUUAAUAAACAAAUUGCAGUUGCUGAUACAACAAACUGCGCUGUAGUGUGGAGACUUCAAAUGGCUGCGAACGCAUCAGCUGUUAAUUUUCUUGUUGGCGAUCUGGUAUUUGCCCAAAUGACCGGCUACAUACCAUGGCCGGCCAGACUCUUGGACAACUCACAUGAACGCCAGGCCAAAGUGCAGUUCGUAUUGACUCAAGGCAUUUAUAAGGUAACUUAUGCCAAACUCUGGCCCUACAAUGAGCAAAGCAAAGCGCGAUUCGUAACUGCGGAUACGCUGGCCUAUGAAGAUUUCAGUGAUGCAAUGAGGGAAAGCGAGCAAAUGUGCGAGGGAAGUAAACAGAAGAAAUGGGAGCUGGAUUUUGUCUAUGAAUUGCGACGCCAACGCGCAUUGCUGGAGGUGGAGCCAUUUUUUAUACAACAAGUGAAUCAACUGCGUCGCACUUUAACGCGGCAAAAUCAAAACUAUGCGGCAGCUCAAUUGGCGUUUCAGGAGCUGCUCGAGAUGCACCAGUUGAGCCCGUUGCUGAUGUUGCGCAAUAAGGAGGCAGUGGAUGCUAUCAAAGAGUUGUGCCGCUUUAAAUCGCGUCGUUUGAACGAUAGAUAUGAAGCAGAGCAUAUGCGAGACUUGGCUAAUUAUCUUGUGGAACGUAUGACGUCACUUUUUCCCGAAAAUUUCCACACACCCAAUUUCUGGGAUAAAUACAGCGCGUUAGUUGCAAUUUACAGACGUUAUACUGCGGAUAUUGCUUAAUGCAAAGUCAAUAGCAGCGUAAGCCAUAAAUAAAUAAAAUGUUUUUAGUUAGAACAAAU